UUCGACUCUGGACUUUUAAGGAACUGUCAAAGUGGUGGAAACUGUCAAAAAUUUGCACUUCGCGUUGUUUUUCCUGACAUAGCAGUUUCGUUGGUGUGAAUAUCUGCGGAAAAUAGCCGGAAAAGCUGUCGAAAACAGAUUAUUGAAAAUUCAUGAAUGAUAGUCCUUCCCGCGCAUUGAAUGAUUGAACAAUAUUAAACAUCACCCAAAAAUUAACUAAACCAGUCAAGCGUUGCAGUCGCGCACUCGCGCAUUGCGAGAUCCUUUGCGUCUGUGUUUCGAGUGUAGAAAUAGUGUUUCCAGUAUUUGUGUUAGUGCCUGUGUAGAUCACAGCUGAAGUGCUGCGAAGUGCAACGGUUUGUGGCUAAUCCUCCGAUUCAGAACCUGACUGCUAUCCGGUUCUGGACUCGUACAAGAAUUAGCACGGUUGCGCAUUGCUUCGCUAAAAUAACAUUCGCAUGCAGAAGUGUGGACGGAAGUGAAGUGCUGGAAAGUGUAACGAACCCAAGCGGAAUCAGUGUUGUCGCGUGAAGCGGAGGAACACCAUUAGUCAGGAGGUACAGGGCUGCCGUAUCUGUUGGGCAGUACCGAAUUCGUCGCAGCGACAUGGACGAGGACAUAGCCCGGAUCGGUGGAGGAAAUAACGACAAUGAAGCGAGGACUCAGACCGAGAUCGAUAUCGAAAAGCAUGUGCUCAAUACCACGGUCAGGCUUUCCGACAAUACGGACGGAAAGGUCUUCAGUCGAAAUGGGCGAAACAAGGAGAACCAGCUUAUUUAUUCGUGUCACCUUUGCGGCGUUACCAACCUGCCGGGGGAACGCGUCUUUCAAACUCAUAUCGCUGGUCGGAAGCAUCAAAGCCGGAUGAAUCUGCCGACGAUCGAUGCGGAACACUUCCGUAAUUCAACUGCUCCGAAAGCCAAUAAGAUCCAUAUGCACAUUGCGCCGGGUGAGCCGGUUCCACCAGGGAUGGAGAAUGAGGUGAAACCGGUGGCGGAACUUCAGGCCACCAUAGACCGCUUCAAAGAAGGCCCGAUGAUUGGGCUGGAGUACAUCAUGGAACUAAGCUCUUCCGGAGCAAAGGAACCUAGCUACCAUUGUGUUUUGUGCGAUAAGAAAGGCGACCCUAGAACCAUUGUAGUACACAUCACUAGCUUCAUUCACCGAAUGAAAUUUCUGGAAAAGCACUAUCCGACGGUGGUCAAUGAGUUAGUGCCCUAUCGUGGCCAACGGGGUGCCACCAAGGAGAUUAUCGCCCGUGUCGUCCAAACUGUUUGUGAAGCGAUCGAGGAUCACCAUGGGCGCCUGACGCCGAACGUGCACGAAAGUGGCGACUAUUCCCGCAACAAGAUGAAGUAUCAGCAGGAGGUAUUCUUUGAGAAGCACUUUGACGAGCGUACGGGACCCAAGUUUGUCGAAGUUAUCGACAAAAAGAUGCUACAGGAGCAGAUUGCCGCGGCGAAUGGCACACUGACGGCCGAGCUGGUACGCGAUCCCUCCCCGCCGGUUGUGCAAGCUCCGCAGAAGAAAGUGCGUCCGACGCGGGCCGAUCGCAAGAGUUUGGAUUCGAUUUCCAGUGCCGCUUCGGUGCAGAGUAUUUCCUCGGAUGAUUCUCCCGGCAAAACACGUUCAGGAGUACCGCGAACCGUAGGCAACCGAUCAACGGAGAGACGCCGUCAUGCGUCCAACACCUCGCCAUCUCGCGAUCGUCGUCGCAGUCCUGACAGACGUCGAAGUCCCCCUCGACGAAGCCCCCUUCGACGCCGCAGUCCGUUGCCAUUCAGGCGCAGUCCGCUACGUGGACGUCAUAGCCGAAGCCCACCACCAAGGCGCCGAUCGCGUAGUCCUCCACCACGGAGGCGAACAUCGCGGAGUCCUGUGCGAAGGCGUAGCCCUGUUAGCCGCCAUGAUCGUUCUCCGUUGCGUUUCGGGGAUAGGAAAUCCCGUUCACCCGUACCCGAGAAACGCAAGGCUCUGCCGACACCCAAAGAGCUGUCAUUGCAAGCAUCGGAAAUUGCUCACGAGCGUUACAAAUGGGAAAAGUAUCGAUGCUCCCUAGAGAUUGCCGUUGCGCAGUUGGAUAAGGCAUUCAAAGAGCAUGAAAAAAAUCCAGAGAAACAUCCGCUUUAUCCAGACGAAUGGAAAAAGUUCUGGAACAAACGCUACAAGGAGCUUCAGGCAGAAAAGAAAGACCCGUCGAAGCAUGACUUUAAACCAGAGUGGAUCGGAUACUGGACUAAGAGGAUGAAGGAACUACAUGACGAAGCGAUUGACAAGAAGAAAUCUGAGAUUAAGAAAAAAUUCAACUUGCCAGAUGAGGAUGCAGAGAAGGUGAAGAAUUUGAAGGAGCAGUACAAGGUGAAGGUGGCGAAAAAGAAACCCAUAGCUACAGAGCCAAUCGAGUCGAGUGAAGACGAAAGAAUGAGUGUGAAGUCCAAGAGUUCUGUAAAACAAAAAAGCAGUCGUGUGAAGCGUUCAAGAAGUCCAAUCAGCGACGAUGACUUCGAAGAGACGUCUCGUCAUAGCGGUAGCCACAGCAGACAUUACAGCAAGGAUCGGGAGCGUGAUAGAGCCAGAAGUUACCACCGAGGUCCAUCAUAUAUGCAACAUCAGCAGGGCUAUGAUGAUUGGGCUAGUAACUAUUACGGCCCGAACAAGAAAGUGUUUGUUCGCACCGAACUUGACGCCGAAGACACCAGUCCGCUCAACUUUGUUGCAGUGUGUCGGUUGCUGACCGCUUUGGAAGAUUAUUUAGGUAGUUUAGGGCCGAAAGUGAUUGACCUACUUUCGAAAUCGUUGGCUUUGGAGAAGGUCAAAGCAAACUCGGCAGAUGAGUUGCUUCUUAACGAAGAUAACUGCAUGUUCCUUGAAACUGUAAAAGAAAAGCUCAAAGGUCAUCUGAUGGCCGAUAUGGUUGAACUGCCAAAAAUAGCCCCAAUCAAGAAAGCGAUUAAGAACAUUGCCAGUCUAAUCCAUGAAGCAUCUAAGAAGGAGAAGAUAGAACCGCAACCAGAAGCAUCAACAAGUUCGGCGCAGAUCGCGUUCGGUCCAGAUGGGUCAGUGGACAAGGCCGCAAUUGCUCAAAAGUUGGCUGCUGCCUUGGUAGCACAAGGCAAGACUGACUUCACUAGUGAUGAGUUGGAAGAGCUGAUCAAUGUAUACGUUGCCAUGGCGGAGGCCUCAAAGGAAAAAGCUAAACCAGUAACGGCUAGCAGUUUUAUCAAUGAGACAAGUAGUGCUCCGGAAAAGAAUGAACCAGAGAAACGACAAGAAAGUUCAACGCGUCGUUCGGAACCGGAACCUGCUGACGACGGCAAUGCUUUGGAAGGUCUCACAGAUUCAGAUCUGCAAACUCUGCUUCAAAACUUCAAGGAUCUCUCAAACGAAGAACAGUUGCAUUUAAUUUCUCAUCUCAAGAAGUUGGAAAAAACUGAUCCUGUGCGAGUGGAAAAACUGCGCAGGUAUGUCAACUUAGACGAAAAGUCUUCGAACGAUCGUCAGAGAGAAGAGUAUUACGAAGAAGAUGAUCAGAAUUACAACGACGAUGAUAAUGGCGAAGACUUUAACGAUGACAGGCAAAACUACAACUUUUCAGUGAAUCAAAGCAGUCAAAUAAAAUCGUUGGUAUCUGGCAGUUAUGGUGACGACUCGCCAGAUCCAUUCGCUCAGAAGAAACUGAUUGAUUCGGAAGACGAAGACGACUACACCUACGACGAUGUAGUUCGAGCAGCUUCCAAAAACGUAGUAGUCCCUCCAAUGAACACCAACAGCAAAAAACCUCCAGCCCGCGGAAACGACUUCGCCGAGGAUAACUUUGAUGGGAACUCAAACUUCUCGCGAAACAGCAACGAACAGAGUAGUCAGCUCGAUACUCAGAACAUAAUUGCCAACUUAAUGGGAUCUCUGCCUAAACCUGGCUCGUCUCAAAGCCAGCAAGGCAGCUACGGUUCACCUAUUUCGACCAUUGGCCAACAGGAGAAACCCAGGCAAAAUCCCAGCAUUUACGACGGUUCAAAUCCCGCAUACGGUAGCAACCCGUACGGGAACAAUUCCAAUCACCCGCCCGGACCGGGUGCGGCACAGGGUGGCUUCAUGAACCAACAAAACCGACCGCAGUUUGCCCCAAUCCAAACCGCCAACACCAGCGUCAACAGCAUGCCGUACUACUACCAGCAACAGAUGCGGGCCCAGCAGCCGCCAAUGAACCCGCGGAUGCCGCAGCAUCAGCAGCAGCAGCAACAACAGCACAUGAACAGUUACGGCGGAGGUCGACCACAAAUGCAAAGUACCUUCCCCUGGCAGCAGAAUUCCGGCCAGCGACAGCCUCCACCAGGGCCGCCAGCGUAUCAACAACAGCAGCAAUACGGAAACAACUACUAUUGAAGUUGUGCCACCGGGUCCCCGAUGGCUUUACAUAGAAGAUUAUGUAAGAAUUAGGCGAUAUCGCUCGAAGGUAAAUCAUAUUUUCAUUAAGAUGAUAAACUAAACAUUAUUCUAUGAGAACUGAAAAGAUAAUUCUUAAUAAAUUUUAGUCGUAUGGAGAA